AUGUUAAGUGCAUUAAGUAUAGUGGUAUCCAGCGUAUAUUUGAAAAAAAACAUUUGUAUACAAGCUUUUGUUCCCUAUCUACCAUAUUAUCUAAUUGGUUUAAUUUUCUUACAAACGGCUUUUGGUUUGAUUGAAUUAUCGCACCCAGAUAACUCCAUACCAGUGAACCGGUUUGUAACUCCGCUUCAUAUCGUACCUGAAUGGUACUUUUUAGCAUAUUAUGCGGUGUUAAAAGUAAUCCCAUCCAAAACCGGUGGUUUGUUAGUAUUUAUGUCCUCUCUCAUUAACUUAGCUCUUUUAUCUGAAAUUCGAGCUUUGAAUACUCGAAUGUUGAUACGACAACAUUUUAUGACUCGAAAUGUAGUCAGUGGAUGGGUAAUUAUUUGGGUAUACAGUAUGAUCUUCUUGAUUAUUAUUGGUAGUGCUAUUCCACAAGCGACUUAUAUCUUAUAUGGUAGAUUAGCUACUAUCGUAUAUCUUACUACCGGAUUGGUUCUAUGCUUAUACUAA